AUGGGCCUAGCUACAGUAAUUGAAAAUGAAGCUCAUUUUCAAACAGAAAUGGCUAAUGCUGGUACGAAGCUAGUAGUUGUAGACUUUACAGCUACGUGGUGUCCGCCGUGUCAACGAAUUGCCCCGUUCUUCGAACAGUUACCAGCAAAGUUUCCUAGAGCGGUAUUUUUAAAAGUCGAUGUCGAUAGAUGUGCAGAAACAGCUAGUACCCAGGGCAUUAGUGCAAUGCCUACCUUUAUAUUUUAUAAGAAUCGGACAAGAAUUGACCGACUACAAGGAGCAGAUCCUGCCUCACUAGAGGCUAAAGUCAGGCAGUACUAUGGUACAGAUGAGGCUGGAGAUGAAGAUAGUGCUGUUGCUGGUCAUAUGGACCUGGCAACAUUCAUCACUAAGAGUGAAUGUGAAUGCUUAAAUGAAGCAGAUGACCAUCCAUUAACCCAUGCUCUUCAUAGUGGUGGAGGUUAUCUAGCCAGUGACUGUGAUGAACAACUAAUCAUCAAUAUUACUUUUAAUCAGGUGGUAAAACUUCACUCACUAAAAAUUAAAGCACCCGCUGACAAAGGCCCCAAGUUCUUGAAGCUUUUCAUCAAUCAACCAAGAACGCUUGAUUUUGAUCAAGCAGCAGGAAAUGUUCCUGUGCAAGACUUAGAAUUGUCACCUAGUGAUUUGGAAGGGAACCCUGUGCCUCUGAAAUUUGUCAAGUUUCAGAAUGUUCAAAACAUUCAAAUAUUCAUAAAAGAUAACCAGGGUGGUGGUGAUGUUACACUGAUUCAUCACCUCGCAUUUUAUGGCUCACCUAUUUGUACCACAAACAUGGGUGAAUUUAAACGUGUUGCAGGCAAAAAGGGCGAAAGCCAU